AUGGACUACUUCCACGAUGCCACCCACGCAUCUCACUUCGAAGGAUUCAUCAGCGAGAAUCCGCAGAUCGAGUUUGUCCGCCAUGUCUACAUCGACUUCUCUGGAAUCGUCCGUAUGCGAAUCCUCACUGUCGAGUACAGCUCCAAACUGUAUCGCAGCGGACGAUCGUACGGCUGCGGUCCGGCGCUCAUGAUGUUCAACGUCAGUGGAACGAGCGAGGCGAAACUUCCUCGUCCUGUGAAACAUCAGAAAUUUGAUCUGGUGCCGGACUGGACUUCGCUGCGGGUGUGCGAGUUUGCACCUGCUCACGCUUGGGUCAUGUGCUUUGUACGAGCGGCAGAGGAAACGGCCGACCCCUUUUUCGUAUGCCCCAAGUUCCUGCUGGCGAAAGUGCUCGAGCGAGCUCGAGCCGAAGCAGAUCUCGACGUGUUGAUCGGUUUCGAGAUUGAGUUCACCCUCCUGGACUCAACGCUGCAAGUGGCGAAGAGCCUGGAUGUCCCACAAGGCUUCAACUCGGCUUCGGGACUCCGCGACGAGAAAGUGGCCUUUUUCGAAGAGGUCGUGAGGGCCCUUCGCCGAUCUCGAAUUGGUGUCACGCACUUCCAUGUCGAAUGCUUCCAUGAACUGGAGAUCGCCACCGAUCCUUUCCCUCCUAUGGAGGCCGUCGACAAUCUCAUAUAUACCCUCGAGCUGAUCAGGACCAUCGCGCUGCGGCACGGGUACAAGGCUACCAUGUCCAUCUUGCCGGUGACAGACGACCCUACCGGAGUCGCACCAGCGAAUCAGCUCCAGCCACACUUCUCAAUAUCCAAGAAGGGACCUACGGCCGAUCAUUUUCUGGCCGGGAUCUUAACGAGGGUCGAUGAGAUCACCCCGUUUGCAAUGUCGAGCUACGACAGCUAUCUGAACCCCUUCGUCGACCACGGCGGAUACUACGCCAGCUGGGGGACCGAGAACCGCGACGUGGUCGUUCGUCGCGUCGAGGACAGCCACUGGGAAUUCCGAAUCUCCGAUGCCACGAAUAACUUCUAUUUGACGCUUGCGGUCAUGCUCUCCGCUGGGCUCGAUGGGAUCAGAGAUAAAACCGCACUAACAUGGGGAGACCUUCGAUUAGAUUUCAAAGACUACACGAAGGAGGAACUUGCGGCAUUGGGUGUGACGAAGCGUUUGCCCACGAGCCUGAGGCUUGCUGUUGAUGUGCUUCGCGAGUCAGAGUAUCUUGAGGGCCUCCUUGGGAAAGAAAUGAAAAGUGCGUACAUAUUGGUUAAAGACACUGAUGAACGGGCUUUCUCUUCGAUGCGAGAGGAAGAGAAGAGGCUGCAGUUCAUUAAGCACUUUUGA